UUCGACAACUCUCCUGACCAUUCUCCUGCCGUGCGGGUAAGAGUUAUUCAGCUAUAUAAGAGGGCGCGCUUUGCCUACAUCCACACAGUCAGCAGCACUCGUCUAGCAACAGCGCAAGACCAAGUCAAACACACUACUGCAACAUGUUCAAGCUGGUACUCCUCGUCGCCUCUCUGGCCUACGCUUCCGCCGGAAUCAUCCCCUCCUACGGAGGCUACGGAUACGGCUCUCUCGGUCACGGCGUCGCCGUCGCAGCCCCAGCCGUGAGCUACGCCACCCAUGCCGCCCCCGUCGUGAGCUACGCCGCUCACACCGCUCCGGUUGCCUACGCCGCUCAUGCCCCAGUGGCCACCAGCUACGCGAACACCUACAAGGUCUCUUACCCCGCAGCCCACGUCGCUAAGGUCGCCGUUGCCGCCCCGGCUCUGAGCUACGCCGCCGCCCCCACCCUCGCCUACGGACACGGACUUGGAUACGGAUACUCAGCAGGCUACGGACACGGUCUUGGUUACGGAUACGGCGGAUACGGAUACGGCCACGGCACAUACGUCCACUAAGUCAUAAAGGAAUCGCUCAACCUAUGCAUGAAUUGUACAUAGUUUUACGAUCGUCGUGCUGCACGUACAUGUAAUUAACCGAACGACACCUGCGACGACCGCGAUGAAAUCCAAAGUCGACGAAAUUAAUGCCCAUCCGGUGUAAUGUGAAAUAAAAUGCAAAUUUCUGUAACGUAA